AUGCUUAGCUAUGCCUUCCUCUCUUUUCUGGUGGCUCGGGGACUGGCGACAGACUGGAUAGACUAUCCCGCCGAUGGGACAGCAACACUCACUACCUAUACCCUUCCGGAAAACUUCAUUGCCGCGUGCGGUUGCACCGCCGAUAGUACACAUUAUCCCACCGCUGCUAUGAGCGAAAUGGCAUAUGGAAGCAGCGCGGCAUACGGCCCAGGAUGCGGCCGGUGCUUUAACAUUACCCUCCUCAACACCUUCAACUCAGACCCCCCCUUCUAUCCGGAGGAGCAUCCUAGUGUUGUCGUGAAGAUAACGGACCUCUGUCCUUCGGGCGGGAACGGUUGGUGUUCUGCGACGGCGAACAAACCUAAUGCAGGUGGGGCUUAUGUCAACUUUGAUUUGGCCUGGCCGUCGAAUUCCAUUCCUGACGACUUCUUUCCUUCUAACGCCUCGUUGUACGGUUAUACGGAUUUUGGAGUAUGGAAUGUCAGCUACCAAAGUGUGGAUUGUAUGAACGAUUGGGAAGGAGCCCAGAAUGCUGCGGCUCUCGGCAGCGCGGCCGACGUAGGUAGCGUUUGUUGCCCCGCUAAUCCGUCGGGGAAUGAUACUUGUCCGUCAUAUUCAGACGCAAAUGGCAUUCCUCCAGAUACCACCUCGGCAUCGUCUUCCGCAAUGCUGCUAAUACCCGACAGCUGGCUGUCUACGGUCCUGUGUUUCACAAUGUUGUUAGUCUACUUUGGGGUUGGAGGCGUUUGA